GAUUUGACACCACUAGUGAUCAAGCAAACCAAACGAGCGGACAAGCUAAAUUUUAAUAUUUAGAAAUCAACGGCAUUGCCGCCCUAGAAUUAAAUUAACAGCGGUACAAAGUGAUCAGAGCCGCGACCUGCAUUUGAAAUUGAUAUUGAAAGAGCCACUUAAUCUGUGACGCUUUUGUGCAAGUGUGUGUGUCUGUGAGAGAAGGAAACAAAAAAAGUGUACAGCCGACGCGCAGACGCAUCUGAGAGGCGCCCAAUUAAAAGUGCCAAAAACGCGAGUGAAAACUACGAAAAAAUUACAGUGAAAUUGUUGCCAACCUCUGGAUUAAAGGCCACAGUGCGAUAAAAGCAAGAAAAUGGGUUGUGCCGUGAGUACAGCACGAGAUAAAGAAGCCAUCGAACGUUCGAAGAACAUCGAUCGGGCGCUACGAGCGGAGGGCGAACGUGCUGCCUCGGAGGUGAAACUGCUGCUUUUGGGAGCUGGAGAGUCGGGCAAGUCCACGAUAGUGAAGCAAAUGAAGAUCAUACACGAGACGGGCUACUCGCAGGAGGAGUGCGAGGAAUAUCGCCGCGUAGUAUUCAGCAACACCGUACAGAGCCUGAUGGUCAUCAUACGCGCCAUGGGCAGGCUAAAGAUUGAGUUUGCCGAUCAGGGCAAGACGGACAUUGCCCGCCAGUUCUUCACACACGCCUCGGCCGCCGAUGAGGGCAUUCUUCUGCCGGAGAUUGUGCUGCUGAUGAAGAAACUCUGGUCGGAUGGCGGGGUGCAGCAAUCAUUUGCUCGCUCUCGGGAAUACCAGCUCAACGACUCGGCGGGCUAUUAUCUGAACUCCCUGGACCGCAUCGCGCAGCCCAACUACAUUCCCACACAGCAGGAUGUGCUGCGCACGCGUGUAAAGACCACAGGCAUCAUUGAGACGCAUUUCUCCUGCAAGCAGCUGCAUUUCAAACUCUUCGAUGUGGGCGGCCAGCGAUCGGAGCGCAAGAAGUGGAUUCAUUGCUUUGAGGGCGUCACGGCCAUUAUCUUUUGUGUGGCGCUAUCUGGCUACGAUCUGGUGCUGGCCGAGGAUGAGGAAAUGAAUCGCAUGAUCGAGUCCCUGAAGCUGUUUGAUUCCAUCUGCAACUCCAAGUGGUUUGUGGAAACCUCCAUUAUACUGUUCCUCAACAAAAAGGAUCUGUUUGAGGAAAAGAUAAAGCGAUCUCCCUUGACGAUAUGCUUCCCGGAGUAUUCAGGUACCAACACCUUCGAGGAGGCGGCCAACUAUAUACGCAUGAAGUUUGAAAAUCUCAACAAGCGAAAAGACCAAAAGGAGAUAUACACGCAUCUCACCUGCGCCACAGACACCAACAAUGUGAAGUUUGUCUUUGAUGCCGUCACCGAUGUGAUCAUCAAGAACAAUCUAAAACAAAUUGGCUUAUUCUAAGGGGAGGAGGAUGACGAUGAGGAUGGAUUCACCAUUAUUUAGCUUGCGUCGUAGUAGUAUUAAAGGAAAACGCGCAAAAACAUUUCCAUUACAUGUUAAGAACUAAAUAUAUACUUUAUAUAUAUAUAUGCUCUAUAUAUACGUAAAUGUAUACUCUACGCUUUACACAUGCUUACACAUAAUUUUAAUAACCGAUUUGGUUGCCAGUAGUCGCGCGGAACAAGUAACAAACUGCAAUUUAGCUAACAGUUUUUCGAUAUAAAUUGCACGCAUAAGUUAACUAAUUUAAAAUGUAAUUUAACAAGUGUAAAGUACGGGCGAUCGAUCGCCAUAAAGAAAGUCUGCCGAUCAGUCCCUAAAAUCGAUCGGUUUGCUUUGCGGCUUAAGCUAGGAUUUAUGCCUUCCAACAAUGG